AUGGAAUCACUACCACAAAUAAAUGAGAAGGAAUGUCUACAGUUUCUUUCAAAUUUUGUAAAAAUACCUUCUCAUUCAAAAACCCCUGCCGAAAUUGAUGCAGUCAAAUAUAUGACUGAGGCCAUGAAGAAAAUUGGCUUAAAUGGGCAAAGUAUUGGUUUUAAAGAUGAAGAGGAUGGCAGUCAACGGUAUGAUGCAGUUGGAAUAUGGAAAGGUACUGGAAAGAAAGAAGGAAAAUCGCUUUUAUUUAAUGGUCAUGUUGACGUGAAUCCUGUGUCAGAAGGCUGGACAGUGGAUCCAUAUGAAGGGAAAGUCGAUGAUAAAUUUAUCUGGGGUAUUGGUGUUUCAAAUAUGAAGUCGGGUUGCUGUGCUUAUUACAUGGCAGUGAAGACUUUGAUUGACGCCGGAUACAAAGUCUCCAAAGAUGUUGUUUUGACAUUCGUUGUUGGAGAACUUCAGGGUGGUGUUGGAACAAUUGCAUUGAUAGAUAAUGGUACCAUUAAGAAGGACACCGCAGAUUAUUUUAUAAACUGCGAACCCACGGAUGUUGUUGCAUUAACUAUGCAUGCAGAAUCAUUAAUAUUUACCGUCAAUAUUAUUGGUGAUACCAGACAUCUGUCAAAGAGAGAGGAAGCUACUGAUGCUAUCUUAGCUUCCAUGGAUGCCAUUCAACGAUUUACAGACAUGAAAUUUUCGAACGCAAGAAGUAAAGUUCACGAGAGCAUUAAUAGAUGUCAUGUAGGCACAAUCAGAGGUGGGCUUGGCCGUAAGUACGAAACAUGGAGAAAACCCCAAGUCGCUGAUUUUGUUACAUUUGGUGGUGCUGCAAGAUACGCACCAGGUCAAACCAGAGAAUCUGUAAAGCGUGAUCUUGAAAAUGAGCUUAAGAAAACCCAGAAGAAGUUUCCAAAGAUUAAAUAUGAAUUAAGUACAGGUGUUGAACACUGCAUGCCUUCGUUUGAAGUGGAUCCAAAUUCUCGUGUUGUACAAACUUUGAACAAAUAUUACAAGCAAGUCAGAGGUGUUGACCAACCUACAGGAGCCAUCAAACCUCCAUGCUUCUACGGAAGUGAUGCCGGUCAUCUUUAUCAAAAGCUUGGAAUGGAAGGUAUUGUUUGUGGGCCCGGUGGAAAAUAUAACACAAUGCCAAAUGAGAGAGUUGACAUACCCGACUAUUUGGAUACAGUUCGUAUAUUUAUGCGUGUUAUUAUUGAUAUGUGUGGGGGAUAUAAGGAAUAA